AGGUAGCAUAAUCGUUUCUCAUGGAUUUCUAAAGAUCUCUCAGAUUUCGAUUCUCCGAAUCUAUCGCCUUUAUUAUUUUCUUUUACUUUUCAUUCAUUUUAUUUUUUAUAUUUAUAUUCAUCACUCUCUCUCCCUUUCCCUUGUAACAAUAUAUAAACAAAAUCCACCCAUUUUUCUCUCUACUUUCUUUUCUCGCACUACCCACCUCCGUUAAACUUUUCACUUUCAUGGCCAUCACCGGUGAGAUUUUCCGGCAAAACUUAACGGAAUUGCUCGAGGAGUCUCCUUCUGGUUCGCCAGAGCUUCACGUUCUUGCCGUCGAUGACAGCCUCGUUGAUCGCCAUGUCAUCGAACGCUUGCUCAAGGUUUCUUCCUGCAAAGUGACGGUUGUGGAGAGUGGAACGCGUGCUCUUCAGUAUCUGGGCUUGGACGGAGAGACCGGUUCUCUCGGCUUGGAUAGUGCGAAGGUUAAUCUCAUAAUGACGGAUUACUCCAUGCCGGGGAUGACAGGAUACGAAUUACUCAAGAAAAUCAAGCAGGAGUCUUCCGUGUUUAGAGAGAUUCCAGUGGUGAUCAUGUCGUCGGAGAAUGUUUUGACUCGAAUUGAUAGGUGUCUGGAGGAAGGAGCAGAGGAGUUUCUGUUGAAGCCUGUAAAAUUGUCAGAUGUAAGACGCUUGAAAGAUUUCAUCAUGAAAGGGAAAGUGAAGGAUGUUGAAAAAAAAUCUCUCAAAAGAAUGAGGUCAAUUGAUUGCAGUCCACCGCUGUCUGCAACAUACUCAGCCAUCUCUCUUCCAUGCGAUCCGUCACCAUCAUUGCUCUCACCAUUAUCCUCAAAGAAGGCUAGAUUGUGAUGUGCUCACAGAUUCACUACUGCCUGUCUCCAAUUUUGUCGACACCAGGUGUUAAUAUCAAAAGUUUGUGGUGUGUUUUGCAUUUGUUCAGAAAAGCAAAUGUCAGAAUCGCUAAUUGUUUUUGCCUCUUGUUUUUCAUUUGAUCUUGCUCAUGUACAGUGGAAAAUCAUCAUUAUAUACCAAAAUAGAGAGCUAUUCUGCAACAUUUUC